AUGGUUGCUUCAAGAAAACUUACCACGGUUUAUCCUUACCAUUCUCCACCACCACCACCACCACCACCACCACCACCUGCCACCCCUCAAGAACUUGCUCACCCACCAAAACCUGCACCAUAUGGACCAAAACCUGCACCAUAUGGACCAAAACCUCCAACACCAAGUGGGCUAGGUAUCCCACCUGAGGGAUCGAAACCACCAACGCCAAGUGGAUCAGCAACCCCACCUGAAGGACCGAAACCACCAAUGCCAUCAGCAAGCUGGCCACCAGAAGGACUGAAACCACCAACGCCAAAUGCUCCCUACACUCCGGCACCAUCACCACAGACAAUUGGCGUACCGCCGUAUCCACCAUCCCCCUCUGUCCUUCCUCCAUUGCCCUAUAAUGCUAACCCUCCAACAGGGAACAUACUAACACCACCAUCACCGCCAGGUGGAGGUGGCACGGACUACACGAUUGUCAUUGCGGUGUGUACCUCACUAGGGGGUGUGUUUUUCCUAGCAUUCCUAGCCGCCGGACUGUUUUGUUUGGCCAAGAAAAAGAAGAAACCCAUAAUUGUUCCGCCAGUAGUCACCUAUGGCCAAGAACCAGUUCCACAUGGUCAUGGAGCAACAACCGGUGAAGAGCAUGGUCAAAUGCAGUAG